ACUAUCGACCCCACCUGUCAGUUCUCCAACCCCUCCCAAUCAUUCCGCUCCCGCUUUCCCUACUCCCACCGGCCAUGACCGCCGCCGCCGCCACGACCCCUGCCGCCCGCCUUUUCCUACUCCACUCCUGUCCAACCCCCUCUCUCCCAUGCACGAAAUCUAGGCCCACCUCCGCCCAAACCCUCCGCCUCCCCUCGUCUCCGCGCCUCACGCUCUCCCAUCGCAUGGCGGCGGCCCCGCCCAAGGGCCCGGCGGCGAUAGCCGGCUCCUCCGGCGACUCCGAGCGCGACAUUAGCGCGUCCGCAGUCUCUGCGGAGGCACUUGGGGCCGUCGACGCCACGGAUGGCGGUUUGGAGAAGAAGGAGCCGAGCGUAGCGACGAUUCUAACCAGCUUCGAUAAUUCGUUCGACAUGUAUGGUGCUCUGAGCACGCCGCUCUACCAGACGGCCACGUUCAAGCAGCCUUCGGCAACUGUUAAUGGAGCAUAUGAUUAUACUAGAAGUGGCAACCCUACCCGUGAUGUUCUCCAGAGCCUUAUGGCUAAGCUGGAGAAGGCGGAUCAAGCAUUUUGCUUCACCAGUGGGAUGGCAGCACUAGCUGCAGUCACACACCUCCUUCAGUCUGGACAAGAAAUAGUAGCCGGCGAGGACAUAUAUGGUGGCUCUGAUCGUCUGCUCUCACAAGUUGUCCCAAGAAAUGGAAUUGUAGUGAAACGAGUGGAUACAACCAAAAUUGGCGAUGUGGCUUCGGCAAUUGGACCCUUGACUAAGCUAGUUUGGCUGGAAAGUCCUACCAAUCCUCGUCAACAAAUUACUGAUAUAAAGAAAAUCUCAGAGAUUGCUCAUUCCCAUGGUGCUCUUGUUUUGGUAGACAACAGCAUCAUGUCACCAGUGCUGUCCCGGCCUAUAGAACUUGGAGCAGAUAUUGUGAUGCACUCAGCCACCAAAUUUAUAGCCGGACAUAGUGAUCUUAUGGCUGGCAUUCUUGCAGUAAAGGGUGAAAGCCUGGCUAAGGAAAUUGCAUUUCUACAAAAUGCUGAAGGAUCAGGUUUAGCUCCUUUUGAUUGCUGGCUUUGCUUGAGAGGAAUCAAAACAAUGGCUUUGCGGGUGGAAAAGCAACAGGCUAAUGCCCAAAAGAUUGCUGAAUUCCUAGCUUCUCAUCCAAGGGUCAAGCAAGUAAAUUAUGCUGGGCUUCCUGAUCAUCCUGGGCGAUCUUUACACUACUCUCAGGCAAAGGGUGCGGGCUCUGUUCUCAGUUUCCAAACUGGUUCAUUGUCUCUCUCGAAGCAUGUUGUCGAGACAACCAAGUACUUCAACAUAACGGUUAGCUUUGGGAGUGUGAAGUCGCUCAUAAGCUUGCCCUGCUUCAUGUCGCAUGCGAGCAUCCCUUCUUCGGUGCGAGAAGAGCGUGGGUUGACUGAUGAUCUAGUCCGGAUAUCGGUUGGAAUUGAGGAUGUAGAAGACCUGAUAGCUGAUCUUGAUUGUGCACUAAGGUCAGGUCCAGCAUAGAGCAUGCAAAAUCUGGUAUGUGGAGUUCCUGGUUCUGGUUCAUGUAGUUGUAGAUGAGAUAUGUCUUGGUGAUUCAUUGGUUAACAAUACUAAUUGCAAAUAAUAAGCCUCUCCAUGAGGUUUUGGUAGAAAUGUUAAGCCUGUGAUUGUAUGUUUUCACUACUUGUGACCGUGAACACAGGCAUAAUCAUGCCAUUGUUUUUUUUUUCUAGAAUGCUAUCAUGCCAUUGUAUGAGUGUCAACUUCUUAACAGAGCAAUGCUCUCUUCUGCAC